AUGACGGCUGCAGCAGCCGCCAGCUCCGCGACAGUGGAGGAGCAGGAGCAGGAUCAGGAGCAGGAGCAGGACAGGGUGCUGUAUGUCAGCACGAUAGAGGUACAGAAGCUCCUGCUCCACAUUGAGGCCUUACAGCAGGAGACGGCCAGGCAGCGUAUUCUCCUGCAGGAGAGGGCGGAGGCGCAUCAGUGGGACCAGGAAGUGAUCAGGAGCAGGCAGGUGGAGUGGAGGAGGAGGCUGUGGGCCGAGAGGUGGGAGAGGGACGGACCAGUGGUGGAGACCAUGAAGGCCACUCUGCUGGACAAGCUGAAGGUUCUGGCCGGCAUUAAGAAGCCGCGGCAGCUAGCAAAACCAGCAGACGGUCCAUCUUGCCUAAAAAACACUUUGACAAGGUCAAGACCAGCAUCGGCGGAGAGCAUCAAGGUGGACAUAUGGACUCAGUCCAAGAUGUGGCUGAAGAGGUUCUCCCUCAAGCGGCAGACCCAGCAUGCCCCAGCCACUAACCCUGUCCCCAGCGCUCCUUCUGACGACCUCCCAUCGCCCCCCCUUGCCUUUGUGAAGCAGUCUGAGCAUCCCCAGACAAAAUACCAGAUCAGUCUGGUGGCUCUGGAGGAGAUCAGGAGUCUGGAGAGGAAGGUGAGAGAGGCUGACGGGCAGUUUUAA